CAUCGACCACCGGUUUUGAUAAGCUUAGCCUCCACAUAAACACCACAAUGUUCCGUUUCGUUGCUUUCCUUGCGGCGCUGGCCGUCGCUCAGGCUGCGUACACGCUGAACCCUGCCGGUCCCACCUAUGCUGGUAUCCAUACCCCGGCGAUCACCAGCCAACAGUCGAACAUUCUGCGCAGCUACGGAAACCUCGGACAGGUUUCUACCUACUCCAAGACCAUCGACACCCCGUACUCCUCCGUCAGCAAGUCCGAUGUCCGUGUGAGCAACCCGGGACUGGCCGUCGGUCACGUGGCCGCUGCUUACCCUGCUGUCGCCCCGGCUUACGCCCACCACGGAUACGCUGCUCCCGCUUUUGCCCAUCACGGAUACGCUGCGCCCGCUUUCGCCCACCACGGAUACGCUGCCCCUGCUCUGGCCUACGGUGCCCCGGCUGUUAAGGCCGUCGCCGCUUCCCCAGCCCUGCUCGGCGUUGCGUACUCGGCCGCGCCAACGGUCGCUCACAUGACCUACAGCAACGGAUUCGGGAUCAACUACGCCUGGUAGAGCGCUUCCGACGAUCGUGGAUCGUGCAACAGUAGGAACCAUCUAAGUCAACACACAGUCAAUAAACACUAAUAUCUAGCUGCGUGAUCAACACCAACAGCGUGCAGCACUGGUGUACUUGAAGUGAAAAGUACCCUGAAACAGUAAGCUAGACAGACUUCUG